AAAAAAAAAAAAACACAGAGAGAGAGAGAGAGAGAGAGAUUUAAAAAAGGAAAAAAGAAAAAGACAGCGACACGGAGAGAAGCGGCGAGGGAGGAAAAGAGAGAUUUCGCAUAUAAAAGGGAAACCAACCGUCUCCGUUAAGGUCAAACCCAACCACCACUACCGCCGGUACACCCUCACGAAAACGCCACCGUUCCUCUCCAACUCUUAUGCUAUAUCCGAUCCUCCGCACUCGGGCGACUCUCGUCGUUGGGGCCCAUUUCCGAUAUCCCGGUGACUCCCCGGUGGGCGGUAAACUUGGAUAUUUGACUCAUGAAGAGCCAAGCCAACAAGGCCAACGGCAAUGGCUUUAUCCCUAAUUCUCUGAAAUUUAUUUCCUCCUGCAUCAAAACCGCCUCGUCCGGUGUCCGGUCAGCCAGCGCCUCCGUCGCUGCCUCUAUCUCCGGCGAUAACCAGGACCACAAAGACCAGGUAUUAUGGGCUGGUUUUGACAGAUUAGAGCUUGGCCCCUCUGCCUUUAAACGUAUUCUCUUACUCGGUUACUCCAAUGGCUUUCAAGUCCUUGACGUUGAAGAUGCCUCUAAUGUCAGUGAAGUUGUUUCUAGGCAUGAUGAUCCUGUCACAUUCUUACAGAUGCAGCCUCUCCCUGCAAAGUCUGAGGGUCGUGAAGGAUUCAGAGCAUCACAUCCUUUACUCUUGGUUGUUGCAUGUGAUGAUUUGAAGAGCUCAGGUCCGAUGCAAAGUGCGAGAGAUGGGAUGGGCAGAGAUGGCUUUACUGAACCUCAAACAGGAAGCAACAUUAGCUCUCCUACGGCUGUUCGGUUUUACUCACUAAGGUCUCACAAUUAUGUUCAUGUUCUGAGAUUCCGGUCAACUGUGUAUAUGGUUAGAUGCAGUCCUCAAAUAGUGGCUGUGGGCCUUGCAGCACAAAUAUACUGCUUCGAUGCUCUCACUCUUGAGAAUAAGUUCAGUGUACUCACCUAUCCUGUCCCUGAAUUGGGAGGCCAAGGAAUGGUUGGGGUUAAUAUUGGCUAUGGACCCAUGGCUGUGGGCCCCAGGUGGUUAGCGUAUGCUUCUAACAAUCCAUUGCUGUCAAACACAGGCCGCCUUAGUCCACAAAGUCUUACUCCGCCAGGCGUCAGUCCAUCCACAUCACCUGGCAAUGGAAGUCUAGUGGCUCGUUAUGCCAUGGAAUCUAGUAAGCAGUUAGCUACUGGACUAAUCAAUUUGGGCGAUAUGGGAUACAAAACUUUUUCCAAAUAUUGUCAAGAGCUCAUACCUGAUAGUUCUAAUUCUCCUGUAUCGUCAAACUCCAGCUGGAAAGUUGGUCGGAUUGCAUCACAUUCGUCAGAAACCGAUAAUGCUGGGAUGGUUGUUGUUAAAGAUUUUCUUUCCAGAGCUGUUGUAUCACAAUUUAGGGCCCAUACUAGUCCAAUUUCUGCUUUGUGUUUUGACCCAAGUGGGACACUUCUAGUUACUGCCUCAAUUCAUGGGAACAAUAUAAACAUUUUCCGGAUUAUGCCAUCCAGCUCACGGAACGGAUCAUUUAGUCAACCCCUUGAUUGGGGUUCUACUUAUGUGCACCUUUACAAGCUCCACCGUGGCAUGACAUCAGCUGUGAUACAAGACAUUUGUUUUAGUUACUAUAGUCAGUGGAUUGCCAUUGUUUCUUCCAGGGGCACUUGCCAUAUUUUUGCUCUUUCCCCUUUUGGUGGUGAGACUGUUCUCCAAAUACAGAACUCUGAUGUUGAUGGUCCUACCCUUUUGCCAGUUCUAUCUCUACCAUGGUGGUCCACUCCAUCUUUCAUGAUAAACCAACAAUCUUAUUCUCCCCCACCACCACCACCAGUUACCCUCUCUGUGGUUAACAGAAUAAAAAAUAGUAACUCUGGGUGGCUCAACCAAGUUAGUAAUGCUGCAUCUUCUGUAGCAGGAAAGGUAUCCAUUCCGUCUGGUGCUGUUGCUGCUGUUUUUUAUAGUUCUGUGCCUCAUGAUCUGCUACCUGCUCACUUCAAAGCCAAUGCUUUGGAGCACCUAUUGGUUUACACCCCUUCUGGUCACACAAUUCAAUAUAAACUACUCCCAUCACUGGGAGGAGAGCCAAGUGAAGCUGCCUCGAGAACUGGGCCAGGUUCUUCGUUGCAGAUACAAGAUGAGGAGUUGCGAGUAAAAGUUGAACCUGUUCAAUGGUGGGAUGUUUGCCGAAGAAGUGAUUGGCCAGAAAGAGAGGAAUGCAUUUCUGGGAUCACUCCUGGCAGACAAGGGACUUCAGAGAUAGUCAUGGAUACUUCGGAUUGUGAGGAUAAUGAUAUUGGAAAUAAGGAUUUUGCAAAGUCCAAUGAGCGAUCUCACUUAUAUCUCUCCAAUGCUGAGGUACAGAUUAGCUCUGGGAGGAUAACAAUCUGGCAAAAAUCUAAGAUAUCUUUCUAUGCGAUGAGUCCUGUGGGAGCUAAUGAGGAGAAUUUCACCGAAAAUCAUGCUGGUGGAGAGAUUGAACUAGAGAAGGUUCCUGUUCAUGAGAUUGAAAUUAAGCGGAGGGAUUUAUUACCCGUUUUUGACCAUUUCCUAAGGAUUCAGCCUGAUUGGAAUGACAGGAGCCUUGUUGGUGAAAGAUGCUCAAGUUCAUCUUCUGAUUCUCAUGCAGCUAAAGAAAAGGUCUCCGAAGUUGCAGUUAUUUGCCAUUCUAAGCUGAUUUCACGUGGUGCAGUUGAAAACCCAGAUGGUAGAUUAUCCGGGGAAUCGUAUCCAUCCAUUGCCCAAUCUCAGAAUGAAAAUAAUGUGGAGAAACAAGGGAGAUCUCUUUUCUCAUCACCCCUGCUGAAUAGAAGCUCUAUUAACAAAAAUAGUAUUUCAAAUUCUGCCGAACAACCUACAACUGGGGUUUCUCUCGUUCGGGAUAGUAAUAUCACUAAUAGUAUGUCCACUUUAACAAGUGACUCAUUUCCUGCUGAUAGAACUAUUGUAAAAGAAGUUCAGUCAUCAAACAGUGCUGGGGUCAGUGAAGCUUCAAACAUAAGCUCCAACCGUUCUGAUUUGAGUAUGAAUAUUAUUGAUGAGGGAUUAGUACAUGACUCUCUAGACUUUGAGCAAUUUUUUCAAGAGGGGUAUUAUAAAGCGUCACCUUUGAGUGACUGCCGUGAUACAACUGAAGUUAUUACUGAUGUGGACAGCAGUAGUCCCUGUGACAGGGAGAAAUCAGAGGAAGAUGGUGACAAUGAUGACAUGCUUGGUGGCGUGUUUGCCUUCUCAGAGGAAGGUUGAUUUGUGCCUUAUUGCUUCUAAUAUGUGCUGAACGGAUGCAUUCAGAAUGUUGUGUAAUGACAAGCCAAAGCUCAGCCUAAUGGAGGAUGAGAUUCUAAUGGACAAAAUGCAGGUUAUUUCCUUUCGACAAUUGAAUAGCUACUGACUGAUUGAUACAAAUGAUAUGAUCUUGGCUCAUUAAAGGGUUGCUGUUGCAAAUGCCUGGUUUCAUCUCAUCUAAUCCCAUGUACAUGUUGUAAAUUGAAAUUAAAUAGUACAAAUGAUUUGUGUG